AUGGCCUUGUGGCCCUUUCGCCGCAAGAGCUCCCGGAAGCGCUCGAGAAGCGGCGCCGCCCUCUCGGACGGUGAGGGCCCGCCGCUUCAAGGCCAUGCCGAGGGCGUCGCCGCGAGGGCCGUAUCCAAGAAGAAGCAGCGAACCGAGCCCGUCAAGCUCCGCCGCCGUCCGCGGACGUACAGCUUCUCGCCCGGUCGCAACGACUCGAUCCGAGUAGACCGACCCCAUGCAGGUCGCCAGCCAGCCGGUCGCGCUGGCGGCGCCGCUGACACCGGUCAGCAGGAGCUCGCCUGGACGCGCACGCCGACCCUUCACCACAAAAACAACCCGGUCCCCUCGAGGAGACGCAGCAGCAAGAGGAGGCGGGAGGACCACGAGAGAGAGGCCGAGAUCAAGGCCAUGAGCGCGCACAUGCCCACCCGGCCGGGGGCCGACGCCUGGACCACCGGCGGAGCUUUGUCCAAGCAGAGCAGCAAGAGGGCCAAGACGAACGCUGCCGCCGGCCAAUGGGACAAACCCACGUCAAACGUCUCGCUGCCGCUGCCGGACUCGAUCCGCUCCAGCCGAUCGUCCGACUCCGACUUUGUUGCCUACAAAAUCUCCGCUCUCGAUUCCCUGGCGCCGCGGCCGACGCUUCGCUACGCCCAAGGGUCCCGAUGGACGCCCUCGCGAGCCUCCGACCCUGCCGGGUCCGGGAUGCAGAAGAAGCGGGUUGCUGAAUGGGAUGCCAUACCGGAGGGAGCACUGGAUGCCCGCAAGCGUAUCGAUGACCUUGCUGACGGGCUGGACGCCAGAGACCUGAGAGAACUCAUGGAGCGCGACAACCGGAGGCGUGAGAGGAAGCGCCAGCUCGAGCAGGAGCGCGUCGAGCGAAGGUUGGCGCGCAGGGCCGAGAAGCAACGGAGAGACGAGGCAGAGGCCCGGAAGACGGGGACACCGCCGCCCGAGAAUCUCGAACGUGGUGUCCUGGGCCGUGAGCUGGUUGGGUUGGGCAUCGACCCACCUUCGGCUGUUGUCACCUCCUCCAAGAGACGGACAACACCCACGCGAGAGCCCUUGGCCGAAUUGGAGCAGACGUCGUCCAAAGAGCCGCUUGAAUCGUUUCACCGGACCGAGACCCUUCCAAAAGAGGAGCCUUCCGCACUCGAAACCCAAACCACCGCCGCUGCCGCCGCCGCCUCGGUCGUCAUUCCCGUGCCACAUCCCAAGCCACCCACCGCCCGUGAGGCCCAAGCGUCAACCGCAUCGCAGAGCUCCCUCCUCGGAGGGCUCCUGCGCGCCAAAAAGUCACUGUCCAAGUCGACGCUCGGCUCGGACAAGGACCGCAUGGUAGUAGACGAUGAGCCGCGCAAGGACUCUGUGGGCAGCAACAAGCAUGCUCGCCUGUCCAUCUCGUCGUUCCUGAGAUGGGGAGGCCGAAGCAGACGCAACUCGGGCCCGUCUUCCUUCUCCAACACAUCCCGCGAGGAGAUGCAAGCAGCCGCCCAGGCGCAGGCGGAGGCACUCGCAAAGCUCCAAGGCGAGGACGUUCCGCACGGCAACUACCUGGCGAGCAAAGCCGGUGCCGCGCCGAAACGAACGCGAUCGCGGUUCCGCGAAGACCUGCCCGACUUUCCGCUGUCGCCCCCCGACUCGCGCGUGCAGUCACCCGAGUCGGAGCCGUUGCCUUUGCCCAUGGUCGCCGAGGUCAAGACACCCGAAACGGAAUCGCGGCCUACUGUGUCGAGUCGUCUGGGCACGCCCACGUCUGCCCCGCGGCACAUCCAAGGUGCGCAACCCGCUGCCACCUCCGACGACAAGGUGUAUGGUGCUCAGUCUGCGGAGGACCCUUACCAGUCCAUCUCGCUCGCCUCCAUCGACUCCGAGGGAUCGUGGUUGUCCGGGCGGAUCGGCAGCAAGCGGUCCACGACAUUGCGUGACAGCAUCGCGAAGGCCAGCCAUCGGGACCACGCCAUGACCGAGUCUCCUUCCAGCGGCACGCCGGACGAGACUGCCAUCACCGACGACGAUUACUUGUCGCGGCUAGCUCCCCAUCGCCAUUCUGGCGUCAUGACGGCCGGACGUCCGUCAGGAGAAGGCCGGCCGAGCAGUGACGAAGACGAGCCGAUGCGCGAGGGCGACGUCAAAUGGGGCGCCGUCGGUGCCAGACCCCAUCUGGUUCAGUACCACGAGCACAAUCGCGACACCAUGCGAAGCCACGAGGUCCUGAUGAACAUGGAGUCUGGGGACGACGACAGCGAGGCUCCCAUCUCGCCCGUGUCGCCAGUCAGCCCGGUGAGCCUCGAGAAGGCCGACCUGCAGCGCGCUAGGAGCGUGAACGUAGGGCAAGGUCACAGCAGGAACUUUAGCGCCGGGAGCGCCAAGCUUUUGGAUAUCUAUCCGAGAGAACCCCUCGAACAGCGCCAGGCGUGA